ACCAUCCAGUAACACGUCAUCCCCCUCUCUCACAAUCCCCCAGGGCCAAUUUGUGUGUCUGUGUACCAUUGUUGUUGUUCCUUGAGAAGACCAAUUAGACUGUUAACAGAUCUCUUUCCCACGUAAACAUCCAAGUAUAGAAACCAGACACUUAAAACCUAACCUAACAUAACCUAACCUAACUCUUUCUUGAUUAUCUCUCCCUGCAGCUCCGAUGAUGAGGUUGGUACUGGAUGAUGAAAACUACUGGGGAGAUGCAGGGCUCGAGCGGGGACGCGGUGGUGUAGGGGUACCAAAUGUCGCAAAGGGUGACGGUACUACAGAGGGAUACGGUACUACAGAGGGAUACGGUACUACAGAGGGAGACGGUACUACACAGAUUAUAAAAAGCGAAAAUAUCGUAAAAAAACAGAAGCCAAACAUCUUAAAAAAUCGCUAAAUCUAGCGACAAAAGUAGCUAAAUUGGCAAUACUGUCUGACCAUUACAUCUGCCUUGGGUUGGGUACCGCUGUAUGACCGUUCACCUCUAACUCUUCCUGUAGCAGAAGGUGACAAGACUAUCAUAUAAAAUGUGAGGAUCCGACACAGGCUAUUGGCCUCUUUUGGUAUGGUGGGUUGGGGUAGGUUUUUGGUACAAAAUGUGUUGCCAGCUGUUUUUAAAGGUCUCUGAUCCCCAGCAGAUGGCAGCACACGUAGUAACCCCGCGUCCCCAUUGGUCGACGCCUCUGAGGCUUGUUUCAAAACACUGUUGUAAACAACCAUUAAGGCGGGAAGAGAGUGUUGCCUUAUUAAUGGGUUGAUUUGACCGAAUUAAGAUGGAAUUGUUUGACUUUGUUAUUCCUCUGAGUUUAGAUUCUCUGCAGGAAGCAACGUCCACCAAGCAGUAUGUGGUUACCAACAUAUCAAUCGGUCGAGAAGUACCAAAAAAGAUCCAAGAAGCACAUGUCUUGUUCAGGCAAGAUGGACCCAAAUUCAUUAUUAGAGAGCAGUGCUUUGAUGCUUUUUAUAGUGUCCUUGUCAACUUUGCUUCUGUUGAUCAAGAGUUCAAGCACCGCUCAUGGGAUAUACUCGUUAAAGCCAUGGCAAAAAUGACUGCAGAACUUGCACUGGUGCUUGAUGAGCGAGAUAUGUCUAGCAGUGAGAAGCUCCGCUGGUUGAAUAUUCUAAAGAUGAACACUUAUUUAGCCUGUAACCUCACCGAGGCUUUUGAAAAUGACUACAACAAGCCAACCACAGACACACUGUUACUUGGCAAGGGGCGUAAGAAGACGGCAAAAAAUUCAGAGACUGGUACAGACUGGGAAGAAGAGAGAACUCGCAUGUUAGUACAGCUCUUCUCUGUUCUGCAGUAUCCAUUGCAACGUUUGUGGGACCCACCUGUCAUAGAGGAAGAUUUUGUGAAUUUAAUUGCCAACUGCUGUUACAAGAUCAUUGAAUCUCCGAGUAUGAACUUGGCACGCACCAAACCCACACGUGAUUCCAUCUUUCAAAUAAUUGGUACGCUGAUCAACAAGUUUAACCAUGGUCUUGCUUGCGCCCUCAAACUUAUGCAGUUGCUUCAACACUUUGAGCAUAUGGUGACUCCAGCUGCUCAGGGAGUAAUUCUUCUAGUUGAGUCCUUUGGCAUAAAAUCAGUGGUGGCUGAACUAGUACGGGAAAUAUGCAAAGUGGAUGUUAGAGAUUUGGUGAAGGAUACCUCAGGCCUUCGCAACUUUACUCAGUUUCUUGUAGAGGUUGCUGAUAAAUGCCCUCAGGUGGUUAUGCCAUCACUUAGCCUGUUAAUUAAUUUUCUGGAUGAAGAGGCAAAUACUAUGCGGAGUUGUGUGUUGUCUAUCCUUGGGUCUGUUGUCUUGAAAGCACUUAGUAUAGUAGACCUGGAUGACAAGAACAAAGGUCUGCGAGAUCAGUGCCUGGACCACCUAGAAGACCACAUUCAUGAUGUCAAUGCCUUUGUCCGCACCAAAGUUCUUCAAAUAUGGAAUGAAUUAAUAACAGAAAAGUCAGUUCCUUUACGGAGACAGCACCACGUACUGAAGCUGGUACUGGGACGCUUACAGGACAAGUCCUCUACUGUACGAAAAAAUGCAGUGCAGUUAUUGACAGCAUUUGUCAAAGGAAACCCAUUUGCUGCAAAGUUGCCCCUAGCAGAUCUAGAAUCUCAGUAUGAGCAGGAGUUAAAGCAGCUUCAAGAAAUGGUUCCUGGCGUUACCUUUGACUCUUCAGGGGAGAUGACGUCACCAGUGGAGAAGACAGUUACUUCUCGUGAAUUAUGGAGUGCAAUCCUACCUGAAGUAGUUGCUGUAAUUCUUGAAAUUGUGAAUGAAGAUAGAACAGAUGAAGAUGAUGAUGAUGAGGACUGCCUGGAGGAAGGUAUAUCUCUUAAUGAGGCUGUGUCUGAGGUAGCCAUGGCACUCAAAUCUAAUAAGAUCCACCGUGCAGUGAAGCUUCUGGAAGGUGCACUUGAAACUUUCCAUGGAUGUGAAAUAUUUGGGUAUGACCCAAAUGAGAACUAUAAAGCCAUGUAUGAAAAGGUCACGGAUGAUGAGCUGAAUGAAUAUCAAACCCGCCACCUCGUAGUCUUGAGGCGCAUUUUUACGGCAGCCGAAGAAAUGGAAAGAAAGAAGAAAGAAUCUGAAAAUGGUGAGGAGACAGUGGAUGUAGAUGAAGAAAAUAAGGAAGAAGUUGAAGAAACAGAGAAAGAAAAGGAGAAAAAAGCUGAAAUAACAAAACAGAAACUUCUUGUAUUAUAUCUGAAGGACUCUGUUGGCUUUGCAAAAUUGAUUCACAAAGGGCUCCCAGUUGUGUGCCAGUUGCUGGGCAGCAAGCUUGUCUCUGAUGUCUUGGAAGCUGUAUCAUUUUUUGUCACAGCCUUUGAGUUUGGUCUUCUGAAUGCCAUGACUGGGGUUCGACGAAUGCUGGCCUUGGUGUGGAGCAAGGAGCCGAGUAUCAAGUCCGCUGUGGUUGAGGCUUAUCAGCGUCUUUACAUUAAUAUUGAAGCUGCCAAUGAAAGAGCACAGGCCCUACAAAUAGUUAAAAAUUUGUCUUCACUCAUUACUGGAGCUACUCUGGGUGAACGUACGUCAAUGGAAGAGAUUAUAUCUCAGUUUGUGAACUCGGGUGAUAUCACUAAAGAGUGUGUGACACUACUCUGGGAGCGCUUUACAAAGACCUUACCUGACACUACUGAUGAUGAUGCUCAAUCAGCACUUGUACUCCUUGCUAUGUGUGCAAACUCAGAAGUUAGCAUCAUCACCAGUAACAUAAAUGUCUUGCUGAACUCUGGUUUAGGGGAGCGAGGCGAGCGAGAUUUUCUACUGGUGAAGGAGACUUGUACUGCAUUGCUCAAACUGGCUGUCACUAAACCUAAGACAGACUCACGUACUGCCACUUGCAGGUUGGAAAGUGACCAUGAAAUUUUUGAGCGGCUCAGCAAGAUCCUUGUCAGUGGCUUAACAAUUCUUCUUGACCGCCAAUAUUCUCCUAUGGCUGUAGAGGCUGUAUCAACUAUAUACUCACUUGCAGAGCAUCCAGACAUAAUAUGUGGAAAGAUCAUACAGGAGAUGAGCAGAGUGAUGUUGGAACUUUCCAGUGAAGAAACUGAAUCAGAAAGUGUUACUACAUCACAGACCAACACUUUUCAAGUGCCUGUUGGAGUGCUGUCCCGAUUUUUUGUUGUUGUCGGACACGUGGCCUUGCAGCAGCUAAUUCAUCUUGAUACGUUUGUCUUCUCUGAAUUAAAGCGCAGGAAUUUUCUCAGAGAUGAAAUGGAGACAGAAAGGAAAAAUAAAAGGAAAAGAAAGAACAGAAGAAGGUCUCAAGCAACAUCUGCAACUGAAGCAUCCAAAGGGGGAUCACAGGAUGGAGAUAUAGAUGAAGAAAUGGGACUUACAGGUGCUGUGGCGGAUGAUAUGGAAGCUGAAUAUGUUCGUUCAAUAUGUGAGACUGAGAUCAUCACUGGAGACAAUCUCCUAGUUGCACUCAGGCCAAUGAUUUGGGCAGUGUGUUGUAACCCAAGCAAGUACAGUGAUCCCGAGUUACGGACAACAGCAACACUAGCAUUAGCCAAAUUUAUGAUGGCUUCAUCAGAUGCUUGUGAAGAAAAUUUACAGCUACUGUUCACUAUCUUGGAGAAAUCAGAAGAACCUGUGAUUCGUGCCAACACCAUCAUAGCAGCAGGUGAUCUGUCCUUUAGGUUCCCCAGUGAGUUGGAACCAUGGACCCCACAUCUUUAUGCCAGAUUACGUGAUGAUUCUCCAAAAGUACGUCAGAACACAUUGACCAUCCUUACUCACCUCAUCUUGAAUGACAUGAUUAAAGUGAAGGGACAGAUAUCUGACAUUGCUCUCUGCAUUAAUGAUGAAGACCCUCGUAUAUCAGGUCUAGCUAGCCUCUUCUUUAAUGAACUUGCAAGAAAAGGCAAUGCUUUGUAUAAUGUGUUGCCUGACAUUAUUUCUCGUCUGUCUGACGCUGAACUAGGAAUAAAAGAACAGCACUUCCGUACAAUCAUUGGAUAUAUUUUUUCUUUGAUUCAAAAAGACAAGCAGCAAGAGAAUCUGGUUGAGAAACUAUGCCACCGAUUCCAAGCCACAAUCAACACACGACAAUGGAGGGACAUUGCUUACUGUCUCUCUCUUUUGCAGUUUAGUGAAAAAAGUGUUAGAAAACUCGGUGAAAACUUCACCUGUUAUGCUGACAAGCUACAUGAGAGUGAAGUGUAUGAAUUCUUUUUGAGUAUUUUGGCAAAUGCUCAGAAGCAAGCAAAACCUGAAGCCAAAUCAUUGAUAGAAGAGUUAGAGGGGCGUAUACAACAGAGCCAUGAGAAAGGAGUGGAAGAUGAAAAUGUUGUGCAUAAAGCUUCUAAUGCCAGGUCAAAGUUCAAGAAACCCCGUAUUACUGCAGCAACAGCAAAGAGUAGGAGAAGGAGGUAUAAAAGCAGUUCAAGUGAAGAGGAAGAGGAGGAAGAUGUUCGUGAUCAACUGCACCCUGUUCAUAGAGAAUUCAAAGCAACAGAGAGAAACUUGAGGAGGUCAUCUAGAAGAUCCCAAUAAUUAGGUAACUUAUCUAUAAAAGCAUCUGAAAGAAAUUAAUAAAUAGAUAAGGAAAUGAAAGUUCCAGUUGCAGUAGCUAAUACAGUAUAGUAAAACAGUACCUGCAGACAUGCCAAGACUACUGCACCAUCCCAGCCUCUGAAAAUCAUUUGCGCCCUUUAAGGUCAGCAAAGCAAAAAUAAAAGCUGUUUGUAGGUUGAGUUGGUAUAGAGUAUUACAGAGGUAAUUAAUAGCUAUGUACAGUAAUAUGAAAAGCAUGAAUGGUUAUGUUUUGCUUAAUUCUAUCAAGGAUUAAUUUUUGGGUGGAAGUGAGUGAUAGUACCGUACUGUGUAUUAGAAAUAUGACAGCUUUGCUUCAUAACGUGUAAACAGCACCAAUGAAAUGUUUUUCCUGCAAAUAAGAUUUUGAAUAAUGUGAACAUGAACAACAAAUUAGUUUACUGUAAAUUAUAAAAUAUUCUUUAAAAUGAAGAGUUGAGGUUUUGAAGCACUGUACCUGUACUGUACAGUAUAAUGAAAGGAACUUGUUUUAGACUUAAGUAUUCAUAAUAUUAGAUGUAGAAUAUAUAGUUUUUAGUAAAAGAAAUAUUUAGUAAUACUGUACAGUAUAAGAUUUUAAGUGAAAGAAUAUUUAAGAGUGGUGCAGUUAAGAGCUAUGGAAGAAAUUUAAUGAGGGAUUUUUUCAGUGAGGAUAGUAUACAUAACUCAAAUCAGUUUAAGGAGGGAAUAAAGUGAGUGAUGGGGCACAGUUAUUUAUAUGAGUAUGGAUAUAUGUGACAGUGUUUUAGGAUUAUGAAGAUGAGGAUGUCAUGAAUAAAGCUAUAUAAGAUUUAUUGGAUAUACUAUAUAGUACAAUAAUAUAAUUAAUAGGAAACCAAAAAUAAGAAUUCCAAUUACAAUAAACCUACUUCUCUAUGCUGACCCUAAAGGUGUUUUUAAUAUAUGCAGCUUGUAGAGAAGCCAACUCAUGCUGCAUGAUUGUGCAAUUUCUAGUUUUCACUCUUCAGCCACGCAAAAUGUACAGAGAGCAUAUUUAUGAGCUGAUUAAAUAUGUACCCCAAACUAAAAAUAUGAGCAAAGCACACUCACUGAUAAAGUACAAGUAUUUCAUUAUAUCAACACCACCACCAGAAGGCUGAAAGCCAGAAGUGGAAGAUUGAUGCUGGAAUCCCCUUUCUUGGGUCCCGAAUUAGGCAGUUCAUACUAAAUUAGCAAAUGGCGGAUUAGCUUGGAAUAAAUAAUGGUGGUCAGUAUCCCUGGCAUAUUGUAUGUUGAUGUGCAGGCAUGGCUCUACAAAGACCUGUCAACCACUGUUACACUAAAUCCCCCACAUUUGAAGCAGAUGUUUGAUGAGGGACUGGGUGGGUUUGUGUUAGGAUUUAGAACCCACCCAGUUAGCAAUCUUGAAUUAUAACAGCUGCCUGGGUAUGGACUCCACCAGAUUUUUAUUUUGUGUGUGUGUCCAUCUUUCUUUCCUUCCUUCCUGCCCCCUCUCGCAAAUCAUUUUCCACUAUUUUGGAGGGUGGCCAGAAUCGAGUAAACAUUCUCUCUCUUAAUUUUCUGUCCCUAAUUUACUCUAGCUGUAACUGAUAUGUUCUGCUGUGGUAUUUAUUUUCCAUAAUAAAGGCUCAAAGGUGAUAUGUUGUACUGUAUUUAUGAGGUACAUCACUGAAGCUUCACACAACCUAGCAUCACUGUUAACAAUCCCUCCAUGUGUUUAUUCACACAUUUUGUGUAUUGACCAGUUAGCCUUGAAUUUGUGGUGUACAAUGCUGUAUGGUUUUUUUUAGAUAAAAUAGAGCAAAUGUGAGGAUGAAUGUUAUAAAUAUAGCGGGACAACUCUAUAUGGUAAAACCUCCAUUUACCGGACCUCAAUGUAACAGGUAUAGUCCAUUAUAUUGAGGUUUCACAUCCUAUGGACCUCAAUAUAACAUAUUACACCCCAUAUAGUCCAUUAAAUAGAGGUCUCACUGUAAUAGAGGCCUUGAAUUUUAGUCGAUUAAUGUAUGUAAAGAGAAGGUGCAUUAAUGAUUUAUCUUUUCAUUUAAGAAAUAUAACUUUUUAAAACAUCAAAUUUUGAAAUUAGUCUUGCCAAAUAUAACGAGAAAUUGGUACAGUAGUUUUAUUGAUUGUUACAUUGUAUAAAUUGUUUUAUAGUAGAGAUCGUGAUUAUAGGUCAAAUGCCGCACGCCCUUAUCUAUGUUAUAUUACUGUAUAACAUUUAAUGUAAGGAAAGCAGCAAAAUUUGGCACUAUCCACCUAAGAUCAUUAAAUCAUUAUAACAGUACAAGUACUGGAUACAAAAAUAAAAGAUAAUUUUCUUUUCCUUAAUAUUUUUAGUUCAGUAGUUGUAUUUCUGUGAAAGAUUGGUUUCCAUUUGUAGGGUCUUGUGUGCUUGAAAUAGUAAUAGCCAUCUGUCUGUAUGCAAGGAAUAAAUAAAUUAUAUAUCAUCA